AUGGAAUCUUCUUAAAACACUAUUGAUACAUAAAGAGAUUUUUAAAUAGCAAAACUAGAGAGUUUCCAAUUGAGUAUAUUCUAACAAGUUAAUUAAGCAAAGGAAAGGCUUUACAAGUAGAAUGAACUUAAAUAAAGCGAUCUAUCAAAAUUAUUUAAUGGAGUUGUGAGUGAAUUGAUAGCUCUUACAUCACCUAAAGAUUUUUUUGAUUUCCUAAAGCAAUUUGAAGGAGACCUGAAUUAAUAAGAGAAUACAGAUAACGUAGUGUAAGCUAAUAAAUAAUAGGAAAAAAUCCGAGUAGAUGGUAAUGAGGGACACAUCAACCUCUAGUUCUAAAAGAUGAGAGAAGAUUUCAUCGAAUAAUUUUAGGGUCUUAAAUAGGAAAUGCAGCUGCAGACUAACCGAUAGAUCUAAUCAAUUGAAAACGCAAUAACUUAAAAGUUGAAUCACAGCGGAAAAAUUGAUAAUUAAGCUUAAAAUCAGUUAGUAUCUUAGUAGAGAAAUCAAGACUACGAUAAAAAUAAGAUAGAAUACUUGAAGUAAAAGAUACUUGAUUUAUAAGUGAGACUUAACUUAGGCGAUAGAUAAUCUAAUUUGAGCUUUUUUUCAAAUCAUAGCAAUGGAUCGGACUAUUAGAAAGCAUAUGGGGAAAUUUUGAAUUCACUUGUAGAAGAUUUAAGUAGAAUAGAGGAAAGAGAGAGAAAUAGCUAGAUUGUCUAUCCUAAUGCAUCUUCCUAUGAUUAGGAGGAAUAAAAAUAGUCAGAAAAUAUAAUACUUUAAGAUAGUAAAUAGUCUCAAAAAGAUAUUGGUACAAGCUCAAACGGUAUUGUAAGUACAUAAAUAGAAGACACUGGUCAGAAUUUUUUAAAAAAUGAGUCAAGUUUAGGCUAUGAGGAUCCAAUUUUUCCACUAUCAAAUGAAUCAGCUGAACAGGAAAUCAAUUAGUUAGAUGAUAGUUCAUCUUAUUUGGUAAAAAUGUAUGAAACUAAUGAGAGUCUAGAUCAGUCUAGACUUAAUUAAUCAUUAAGAUAAAAUAAUCAAAAUCCUAAAAUUGUUGCUUAGAAUAUAAUUUAUAAAAACCAAGAUGGAAAUCUUAUAAUUGGAUUACAUCACAAAUAGUCAAUGCUAAAACAUUCUGAGACAUAAAUAACUUAUGCUUUGGAAAUCAAUGAUAUUAUUACCUCUAUUUUCAACUAUCGUAACUAUUUGAUUUUUGGCCUUUAAUAAUCAAAAUUGAUGAUUAUUAGUUCAUUAGAUUACACUAUUAAAGCUGAAACAUAUAUUAAAGCAAAAGCAAUGAAAUUCUUAAUAAUUCCUGGGUAAAGAUUUUAAUAUCUUUUUGUUUUUUGCCAGUCAGGAUAUAUUGAAGCUAUCUCUCUUUAAACCUUUGCAGUGUUAGCAUCAUUUAGGCAUUCAAGUGAAUUGGAUUUCUCUGAUGCUGCUCCCACUAGUUAGGCAAAUGAGUAUUUGUUAGGAUUUUCUCAUAAUAAGAAUAAUAAAUACGAAAAAGGAAUGAUAGCUUCUAUUAUAAUAACCAUUAGGGAGCUAAACGCCGAAGAUGUUUUGAUAAAGUUUGAUGAGAUUAAGUACAGCAAAGUAUAAGUGUAGGGAUAUAAGACUAAAUAAUCACCAAUCUUUUGCUUUGCAGAAACAUUUUAAAAAGACCUGUUUGUGGUCUGCGCUUUUGACAUUAAUUUCAAGUUGUAUGAUCAUACUUAAAGAAAAAUACUUCCAAAAACAAUCCUCAAUCCAUCUGAUUCUAAUAAUUUUAACUGCUUGUAGAGAGUUUGCUUUUUUUCUUCGGAGUAUCCCUAUUUGAUUUAUAAGGAUUCUAGAAGUAUUGGAUAUAUUGAUUGUAAAUCACAAAUUGCUUAUAAAGUUGAUGAUUGCUCUUUUUAAUGUUCAAACAAUAAAUAUUCUUUAUAUCAGGAAAAAAUGCCUAGCGAUGGUUAACUAGAAUUGCAUUCUUUAUGGUUUAAAUAAGACGACAAAUCGAAAAAUGAUAAACAAUUUAAGAAAAUUAUAAAUUUGCCUGCUAUAUUGGAUAAUAAAGAGAAUUUAGCGAACUGA